UGGGCUUCCCGGUGUGUUACACCGACCUCCUCCUUCCGAACCUCUUCCUCCGCACUUUCUCUCUCUUCGCCCUCCUCCGGGCCGCCAUCCGCUCCCUCCUCCGCCUGCCCGAGCUCCCCGACCCCGACCCGACCCCGACCCCGACGCCGACCCGCCUUCGCUCCUCGAACCCGAGCCCUACUACUCCCCGGCCUCGCCAUCCCUGGCGAUGAUGUGCGAGCUCCUCCCGGUGGUCAGGUUCUCGGACCUCGCCGGCGUUGGCGGCGGCUCGGAGCCCCACCCGACCGAGACCACCUGCGCCGUCUGCCUGCACGACUUCGAGGCCGACGACGAGAUCCGGCGGCCGCUGAACUGCCGGCACGUAUUCCACCGGGGCUGCCUGGACCGCUGGAUGGGGUGCGUAAGGAGGACGUGCCCGCUGUGCCGGGCUCCGGUCGUGCCCGAUGAGGUGGCGGAGUCGAUCGACGAGAGGCUCUGGGCGGCUUCCGGGGUGCCUGAGUUUUACGAGGACUUUUAUGGAGACACCGGUUAUAGUUUGUAGUAAAUCUAAUUAACCAGAAAGCUUCUUCUUCUUGUUUUUUUUCCCCUUUAAGAGGUUUUCUCUCUGAUGUCUUGAUCUUUAGGAAGAUGACAAAAACCUCGGUUGUUCGAUGAUUUUCCUAUGUUUUCAUACUUCGGAUCGGUCGGAUCUUUCCAUUUCUAUUUCCUUCUAAGGGCCUACUCAGGAACACGGCUCGCAUAAUCCGGUGAUUAUCAAGGUUCUUCGGAUGCUCAAAGGACGAGCAAUACCAACAGCCACGUGCCUCUAUUAGGUAAUGUCGUGAUCCUGUCUUGAGUUUAUUU